CGGCGCCUCGGCUACGUCGCGUAUCUAGAGACAAGACGUUGCAGCGCUAACGUCUUUACAUUGUCACAUGAUCAAUGGUCGAAAAUUUGAAUGGGAAUUCGUUUGCGAGUUCGCGCCAUUUCUGUGAUAUUUGUUUGAGCAAAAGUUAUGAAGUGGAUCCGAGUUGAUUCGCGAACAGAAUGACCAGUUGAACGCGAGAAAUGAUUCGAUCGUUGGCGCCCAGUCAGAGAGGAAAACGGCCCUUACUCUUGGACAUACCGCAGGAUGUUUUGCAAUUGAGUCGGUCUGAAAACUGCGAGAACAAAGAACGGGGGCCGAAGAGGAGAUUCACCAAAAAUGUCAAGGACAUACAAAUAUCCGAACGCAAAGCUGUUCUUCUGUCUGAUAAUGGCAUCAACACAAUGCAGAAGAUAGUUUCAGAACAUGAAGAAAGAGUGAGGAAGCUUCUGACAAAACCGUUUAAAAUACCGAUACCGGGCUAUGAAUUAUCUGGACGAGCUCUUGGACUGCGUUUGUCAGGACCGCGCAGACCGUUGCAUGAUCCUGACGAUCCCAAUGCAUUGAUCGUUUAUACACCACCGGAAUUGUCUGAACAUGACAGAUUGAAAGUUGACUCAUCCAAACAGCUUGUACAUGUAGUUAUAGACCCUAUAUUGACAAAUGUGUUGAGGCCGCAUCAACGCGAAGGUGUGAAGUUCAUGUACGAAUGUGUAACGGGUAAACGAAUAGAAGAUGCGUACGGUUGUAUCAUGGCGGACGAAAUGGGUCUCGGUAAAACACUGCAGUGCAUAACUCUUCUGUGGACGUUGCUCAAGCAAGGACCUGAAGCUAAACCGCUCAUAGAAAAAGCUAUUAUCGUCGCGCCGAGUUCCUUGGUGAAGAAUUGGCACAACGAGCUCAACAAGUGGCUGCAGAACAGAAUUCUCGCCGUUGCCAUUGACGGCGGAAAGAAGGCGGAUAUCGACAAGAAUCUCAUACGUUUCAUGAAGACUUACGGCGGCAGAUGCGUGACACCUGUUUUAAUAAUAAGUUACGAGACGUUUCGCUUGCACUCGCACGUGUUGCAUCAGGACGAGGUGGGUCUCUUACUGUGCGACGAGGGUCAUCGCUUGAAAAAUUCGGAGAAUCAAACGUAUCAGUCCCUGAUGGGUCUGAAAGCCAAACGCAGGGUGUUGUUGAGCGGCACGCCUAUACAGAACGAUCUUCUGGAAUACUUUUCCCUCCUGAACUUCGUCAAUCAAGGGUUGCUGGGAACUGCUCAAGAAUUUCGGAAGAAAUACGAAACGCCUAUAUUGCGCGGUCAGGACGCGAAUGCGACAGAGAAGGAACGUGAGGUCGCAACGGAAUGUUUGAACGAAUUAGUGUCUGUUGUUAACAAAUGCGUCAUCAGGCGCACCAACGCUCUGCUGUCGAAAUAUUUGCCGCUGAAACACGAACUUGUGGUGUGCAUCAAAAUGGGAGAGUUGCAAACGCGUCUCUACAAGAGUUUCAUACAAAGCGAUAGUCUUAAGAAAUCUAUGGAAGAAACCGAUAAUCCGAAGAAAGGGGCCACUUUGUCCGCUCUCGCUGCCAUAACUCUCUUAAAAAAACUGUGCAAUCAUCCUGAUCUGAUAUACGACAAGAUCGUAGAGAAAACGGAAGGAUUCGAGAAAGCCGCGAAAUUAUUGCCGCCGAAUUAUUCGACCAAAGAAUUACUACCGGAAUUGUCGGGCAAACUGAUGGUUCUGGAUUGUCUGUUAGCGUCCAUUAAAACCACAACGAAUGACAAAAUAGUAUUGGUGUCCAACUACACGCAGACACUCGACUUGUUCGAGAAACUCUGUCGCAAACGUUCCUACAACUAUGUGAGACUCGACGGCACGAUGACGAUCAAGAAGCGAGCGAAGGUGGUGGACAAUUUUAACAGCGAGACCAGCAGCGAUUUCAUCUUCAUGCUCAGCUCGAAAGCAGGCGGAUGCGGCUUGAAUCUCAUCGGCGCGAAUCGUCUAGUUAUGUUCGAUCCGGAUUGGAAUCCCGCAAACGACGAACAGGCCAUGGCCAGAGUCUGGAGAGACGGUCAGAAGAAACCUUGCUUCGUCUAUCGUUUUCUUGCUACUGGAACGAUAGAAGAAAAGAUAUUCCAGAGACAAGCUCAUAAGAAAGCGCUGAGUUCAACGGUGGUCGACCAAGAGGACGACGUGGCGCGGCAUUUUACCGUAAACGAUCUUCGCGAUCUGUUCAAAUUGGAAGAGAACACGGUCUCGGAUACGCACGCGAAAUUCAAAUGCAAACGAUGUCUCAAUGGCAUUGAGGUGAAGGGGCCGCCGGAGCAGUCGGAUUGCAAUUCGGACUUGUCGGAUUGGCGACAUUCGCACAAUCCGCGACAUUUGCCGGACAUACCGUUGCGACAAUGUUGGUCUAGCGGUAUCUCGUUUGUCUUCCAUCAUCGUUCUCAUGAGCAAGUCAAGUAGCUCAACAUUGUGAUGCUAAUUAGUUACGUUAUUUAUGCCUUAGUCAAAUCGAUAAGUUACGUGUCACGCAUCGCAUCAAUGUUGCGAUUUUGCAAGCGAUAAAUUUUCUCAUGUAAAAUUCAAAAGAUUUUUUGUUCGCUACUGCAGUCGCAACAUUUAUUGAUGGCGGUUGUUGCGGUACAAAUCCGUGCCUUAAAUUUUAAUAAAACAAAAGCCCUCUUGUGUAUUUUUAUAUGAAGAGCAAAUUGUGUAAAAAAAAAAAGUUUAAAAAAUAAGCUAUAUAUUCUUGAAAAAGUAAUUCAAUAUAUCUGAUAUGUUGGAGAGAAGAUUAAAAACACAUUUUCAAGUUA